CUUCCUUCACUCAUGUCCGAUUACGAUAUACGCCCAGGCGGCUCCCUCAAGCUGAAAGGCGGGGUUGCCGAGGGUGGAAUCGUGAAAAAAAAGAAGAAAAAGUCAAAGCUGAGAGACGAGCCAUCCGAACUGGAACGCGAACGUGAACGGGUCAAAGAACUUCUCUUCCAAGAAGAGGACAUCACAAAGACCCCUUCGGGGAGCGGGCGAAACUCCCCUGCCAUCGUGAGCAGCUCUUCCAAAAAGACGGAAGCCGAGAAACGCUUUGAGGAGGCGCAGAGGCGAAGGCUUGCGCAUCGCGUGGCAAAGCUUGCGGGCAAGACUCAUAAAGAUCGCGUCAAUGAGUUCAAUGCUCAUCUCGAGUCAUUAAGUGAACACCACGAUAUCCCCAAGGUCGGACCUGGAUAACAUCGUCGUCGGUUUCUGGCUUGCACGGUUCAUUUCUGUACCCAAAGAAAGUAUUGGACCAACACUCAAGAAUAUCCGACACCCCAGCUGUUCUAUGAGAGUUGGGAGUUCUUGGAGUGGAAUGUAUGGUUCCUUUGAUAGGCUGCUAUUGUAAUAUAUUUGUUCCACUUUG